UCCUGAAUCUUCAGAUCAAUUUCUACUCGGUUUAUACUAAUACCUAAAACGUCAGUGCUGUAAAUAGAAGAGAAUGUAAUUGUCACUGUUGUAAUAUUGUAAAAUCAAAAAGGCGCUGGUCGUCUCAGUGUAUGCGCAGUAAUUUUCUAAAAUUUUAGUGUGUUUCAGUAUAUUGUAGUGUGUUAUUAUUUUGGAGCACAUUACACGAAAUCUUAUUACAAGAAUAGUGCGCAUUUUGGAAUUUUUAGACGAAAAAAAAUGUCCUUUCAAGAAGUUAAUAAUCCUGAUAUUCCAUACGUGGGAGAAGUCGAGGGCGGCGUUUUUCCAGGGAAAAUGGUGAAAGUUCAAGGAAAAACGUCAUCGGAUGCUGUGCGAUUUGCCAUCAACUAUCAAUUGGGACCAAAUUUAAAUCCCAGAGAUGAUAUUGCAAUUCAUGUGUCGCCACGUUUUAAUGAUGGAAUCAUGACGAGAAAUCAUAUACAAUUGAUGAAUUGGGGCGAGGAGGAGAAUUUUGGUCCACUAUUGAUUCAACCUGGACAGGACUUUGAAAUAAUUAUUCUCUGCAAAUACGAUUGUUUCAAAAUUGCCGUUAAUGGACGACAUUUUGCCGAUUUUAUUCAUAGACUUCCAUUCCAUAAGAUUAGCCAUUUAACAAUUGACGGCGAUGUGGAAAUUUCUUCUAUAUUCUAUGAAUCAAUUCCCGAUCCACAACGUUCACAACACUCCUCGGCACCGCCUCCCAUUCCUCAUGAUCUUCCACCAGCUGAUUUUGGUCCACCGAAACCUGGCAGUUUAUAUCCAAGUUUGGACCCUCAGGCUCCGAAUGGAGCGCCACGUGGAUUUCCUUCUGGAGGAUAUGAUCAGCCUUCGAAUUAUGGACCAGGGGCUAAUAAUUCCGGGGGUUAUAAUUAUCAACCUGGAUAUCAAAAGCAAGAACAAGAGGAGGACUCUGGUUUGGAUAAAAUGGGAUUGGCUCUUGGAGGAUUGGUCGCUGCUGGUGGAGCAGCGGCAGCUAUUUAUGCCUACAAUAAGAAAAAGCAACGGGAGAGGGAGGAAGGUGACGGCGAUCACGAGAAAGAGGACGCUUCCAAAUCGCAAACAGAAGGUGGAUUAAAUUUAGGAUCACUGGGCGCUGCCCUGGCGAGUAGUUUGGCAGCAAAUGCCCUCCAAGGAGGAGGUGGUACCAGACCACAAUCGGCUGGAUAUCCAUCACAGGAAUCCGGAGGCUUUUUGGACUCCAUUCUUGGUUCACUAGGUGGAGGAGGAGGAGGAGGACAUCAGCAGCCAUCCUCAGAUCCUCUCGGUGGAUUGGGUGCACUUUUAGGUGGAGGAGGACAUCAGCAACCAUCCUCAGAUCCUCUCGGUGGAUUGGGUGCACUUUUAGGUGGAGGUGGAAAUCGUCAGCCAUCGUCAGAUCCACUCGGUGGAUUAGGUUCACUUUUAGGUGGCAAUCAAUCGGGUGGUCAUUCUGGCUCCGAUUCUCUCGGUGGUUUGGGAUCACUUUUAGGUAAUUUCAUGGGCGGUGGACAUCAACAGCAACCCGCUUAUCAACCAUCAGGAGGCUAUGGAAAUAAUCCACAGCCACAAGGCUCUCAAGGUUCCGAUCUUCUAUCAAAUCUCGGAUCAUCUCUCCUCAGUUCGGCUUUCGAUGGUCUAAGCAAACGCAAGGACGUCGACGCUUUUGUAAAAGAAGUUCGUCAUAUCUUAGAAGAGAAUCCUCCUACACCUCAUCAUGAAGAUCGUCCCUCGUACGCUCCGCCUCAAAAUCCAGGAAGGCAACACGAUUCAGGACCUCCACAAUCUUCUCCACGAUCACCGAGCCCUCCAGCGCCCGGUGGUGGAAAAUUGUCCGCCGCUGAAAUUUCCCGGGGGCUUGGUCUUGGAGACGAUGAAGAUUAGAAAUAUGCUUUUUUUUGCCAACAAAAAUUGAAUCUCAAUUUCGAGGAUACUUUACCAAAAUUAUUUAUUUAAAAAAUGAAAAUUAAUAUUUGCAAAGCAAAAGAAAAAAGUAGAAAUAGAAAAAUUUUACAUUCACAAAAAAAUGUUUUUGCUGCGCUUUUAACACAAAAUAGAACAAAAUAUAUUCCGUAUGUUGAUGAAUUACAGAUUUUAAAAAUAAUAAGCUAUUUUUUUACACCAUGUUGAGAAAAAUGCUACGAUUUUUGAUUUAAAUGACAAAAUCGGUGCACUAACUAAUGUUUUUAAAUAUUUAUGUAAACACGAUUGCUUUUUUCAAGAGAGAGAGAGAGAGGAAAACAAAAGAGAAUAAAUAAAUAUUAAGGAAAGUUAAAAAUUUAUCAAUCAUUUUGACUCGAUGAACUUGAUUGUAAUUUUUGCUUUCGUUUUCUCUGCAAAAAAAAGAAAGAAAAAUAACA